AUGGCUUUCAAUAAAUUAAAUGACAUUGACAACAGUCGUAUUAAAGCGUUAAAAUUUCAUAAGCCCGUAAUUCUUAGUGCAAUUUAUGAAGAAUUGAAAUUGUUAGAACAACGGAUUGAACGAUUUAAUGAUAGUGCUUCCUCUAAAUUGGAAGUAGUUCGCAAAAUUCUGGUUUUAGUAUUAAUGACGAUGAAGUUUAUACCAUAUUUGCAUGUUAUAAU